AAUGCGAUUACUCGAGCACACAAGCAGGCGUGUCUGACGCUGGGUAGGAGGCGCAGCACGCUACAAAAUCCAACAAACGCUCAAAUCCGUCCUUUAGCUUGUUGCUUCAUGUUCAACCGGGAAUCGGAAAAGAUGUCCAGCGUCAACUGGAAGCCUUUUGUUUACGGGGGACUGGCUUCUAUGACGGCGGAAUGUGGAACAUUCCCAAUCGAUCUAGCCAAGACGCGUCUCCAGGUUCAGGGUCAGGUGGGGGACAGUAAAUACCGAGAGAUCCGGUACCGAGGCAUGUUGCACGCUAUUGUCAGGAUAGCAAGAGAGGAAGGGAUACGGUCACUGUAUUCAGGAAUAGCCCCCGCCAUCCUGCGCCAGGCAUCCUAUGGGACCAUCAAAAUCGGCACAUACCAGAGCUUAAAGAGAUUACUUGUGGAUAGGCCUGAGGAUGAGACAAUGCUGACGAACGUACUGUGUGGCAUACUUGCUGGAGUCAUCUCUUCAUCCAUCGCCAACCCCACUGAUGUGCUGAAGAUCCGCAUGCAAGCCCAAGGAAGGGUGAUCCAGGGAAGUAUGAUGGGCAACUUCAUCAACAUCUAUCAGCAGGAAGGGACCAGGGGACUUUGGAAGGGUGUCUCUCUAACCGCUCAGCGAGCAGCCAUUGUGGUCGGAGUGGAGCUUCCAGUCUAUGACAUCACCAAGAAGCAUCUGAUCCUGUCUGGUCACAUGGGCGACAAUGUGUACACGCAUUUCUUGUCCAGUUUCGUAUGUGGCCUGGCAGGGGCGUUGGCCUCCAACCCGGUAGAUGUUGUCCGGACGCGGAUGAUGAAUCAGAAAGGAGGAGCUUUGUACCAGGGAACACUCGACUGUAUACUGCAGACGUGGCGCUCGGAGGGUUUCAUGGCACUCUACAAGGGCUUCUUCCCAAACUGGCUUCGUCUGGGUCCGUGGAACAUCAUUUUCUUCCUCACAUACGAGCAGCUCAAGAAGAUCAACGUUUGAGCGGCGGAACCAGAGCGAGCACUACUUGAGACAGACGGGCGGAAGGGUCUCGACUGUCAGGAUUGGAAUGGAUCCAUGAUAGAAAGACCGAAGGAGUAAACAGGGCUCCAUGGAGACCCUCGUUUGCUGUAGGAAAGAUUUAUGAACGUGUGUGUGAGUUUGUGUGGGUUAGGGGGUAUCGGGCCUGCUCCUGUGGAGACUGCUGCGACGUUUGCACGUACUUGAAUCUGAUAUUUUAGCUCAUCCAAAUGCUUCGUCAAGCCAAACGUUUCAUUCUGACUCGAUUGAGAGAUUUAUGUAACAGUGGCCUCUGUGUUCAUUCAUAAUUGUAUGAGGCUUGAUUUCCAGGCCUCUUCUACUUCAAAAACGAGUGCCUUCAAGUUUGCCAAUAGAAAAUGUUGCACAAGUUGAAGAGCAGCUGACAAUCACUGCAGUCAUUCCUUUCUUAAAUAGAGUGUUGCAGUUUGUCAACGGAGUUCACAAAUGGUCUUCUGUGUACUUGGGGGGAAAAUAGUCUAAAUUGAGAGCCAAAAAUUGGUUUGUAUGGUAAGAAGUUAUUUAAAAGCAACCUGAAGCACUAAGCGUCCAUCUGUAGAUGUGAAUGAGUCGAUCAGGCAGCUAAGAGGACCUUGUAAAUUUUCAUUUGACAUCUUGGCUUGGAUUAUGUCAUCGGUUUACUGCUUAUUUGCACUACGACUGCUGCACGUGAUGCCUGUUAGUUAAGUUGAACUUUCUGUGCACGAUGCAUCCAUUGAGGGAAUAUUUUAUACUUCCUGGCUCUCUGUCUAAACAGCCAAGUUACUGACAAAUGCCAUUGUGUAUCUUUUUAGUAUUGCUAUAAAUGUGAAAUAAAAUGAAAAGAAAAAAAAAAGA